AUGGACCAAAUACCGGCAAUCCUCCUACUCACUGCUCUCCUCCUCCUCCUCCCGCCCAGCUCCCAGGCUGAGUCGGAGGCCGAAAUCCUCCUCAAGUUCAAGGAGUCCCUUCACAACACGGGUGCGCUGUCCAGCUGGAGUCCAGCCGGAAAACCACCGUGCAGUGACGACCACGAGAAUUGGGUCGGCGUCCUCUGCCAGAACAACCGAGUCUGGGGCCUCCAGCUCGAGAACAUGGGCCUGGACGGGACCAUCGACAUGACUUCUCUGGCCCAACUGCCUGACCUACGGGCCCUGAGCUUCAUGGGCAACAGCUUCGACGGCCCCCUCCCGAACAUCACGAGCAUCUCGGCCCUCAGGAGCAUCUACCUCUCCAACAAUCGAUUUGACGAGGAGAUUCAUCCCAACUAUUUCCAAGGGAUGCAGUUGUUGAAGAAGGUCUAUCUGGCAAACAACAAGUUGUCGGGCCCUAUUCCGGUCUCGUUGGUUGCGUUGCCGAGGCUGAGGGAGCUGGUGCUCGACAACAACAAUUUUGUGGGAGAGAUCCCCGCAUUCCCACAGGAUACGAUCAUGAUCUUUAGCGCGGCCAACAAUGAGUUGGUUGGCCCAAUCCCGGCUAGCCUCAGUAAAUUCAGUGUCGCUGCAUUUGAUGGAAACAAAGACUUAUGUGGGGGUCCAUUGAAAUCGUGCGAUGCCCCAUCCCAGCUAACCAUCGGCACUAAAAUCGGAGUCGCCCUCGUUGUCACGGCCGCUCUCGCCGCCCUCAUCGUGGUUGUCGUCAUCCUCCGGCGCCGCAAGCAAUUGCCGCCACCGUCAAUUGGUGCCGGUGGCGACCCUCAGGCGGCGGAGCUUGUCAGUAUGGAGCAGGGACAACAACAGCAACAACAACAACAACAACACUCGUUUCCUGGAUUGUCGUCCCCUGAAAAGUCAAGCCCCGGGAAAAAGUCCGAGAUGAGCGUGAAGAUCACGUUCCUGAGGGAGGACAGGGAUAAAUUCGACAUGUCGGACCUACUGAAAGCCUCUGCUGAGAUCCUAGGCAGCGGCGUGUUUGGAUCGACUUACAAGGCGGCCCUCAACAACGGAGAGAUGAUGGUCGUGAAGAGGUUCAGGUACAUGAACAACGUGAACAAGGAGGAGUUUCAUGAGCACAUGAGGCGGCUCGGAAGGCUUGCCCAUCCCAACGUGCUCCAGAUCGUGGGGUUCUACUACAGGAAGGAGGAGAAGCUGCUCGUGACCGAUUAUGCCGCGAAAGGCGUGUGCCGUGGCCUGGUGUACCUCUACAACGAGCUCCCGAGCCUGACGGCCCCACACGGGCACCUCAAGUCCUCGAACGUCCUCCUGGACGCUGACUACUCUCCUCUCCUGACGGACUACGGGCUGGUCCCGGUGGUGAACCAGGAGUACGCACAGGACCACAUGAUAUCCUACAAAUCACCCGAGUACCGCCAGGCUGGCCGCAUCACUAAGAAAACUGACGUUUGGAGUCUCGGCAUUUUGGUGCUCGAGAUAAUGACGGGACGCUUCCCUUCGAAUUUCGUCCAGCAGGGCAGCAGCGACCAGGACCUCGCCGCCUGGGUCUCGGAGGCUGUCGCCGGUGGGGCUGACGAGGUGUUCGAUGCUGACAUGGCGCACGGCGAGAGGAGCGUGCCGGAGAUGGAGAGGCUCGUCAGGAUAGGGCUCGAGUGCUGCGAUUCGGACGUUGAGAAGCGGCCGGAUAUUAAGGAGGCUGCCAGCAGGAUCGAGGAGGUGAGGGAGGAGUAG